AUGACCUCGCCCGUCACCGAUAAUGAAAUAUUCGAGAUAAAUCCCUACGAAUCUCAAUCAAGCUUGACACCAACUGAAGCAGACGUGCUCUGGGAAUAUGCAAAGCUCUCUCAGCAUGUGAAGGACUUGACGGCACGAACGCGCCAGUUGAGCGAAGGUCCGGACGAAAAUCUCCUUGCACGCCUGAGAGUGCUGGAAAGGAAGAUGGGGCUUGUUUUGACCUUGUUCAAAGCAUCUGUCUGGGGUGUCAUCAACGAACAACCCGCCGGAGAGUCACCAGGGGACUAUGCGGACACAACAGCAGACACCACCCUUCGCCGAUAG